CCGGCUGGGCCGGCCCCAGAGUCGCGCUCGAGGCGUGGGGUGGUGCCGAGAAGCCCGGACUGUCCUAGAAGGCGCAGUGCGGCUGGAGGCCACUCCAGAGAACCCCGGGAGCAGAAGCAGCAGCCGCUACCACUGUCCGCGGAGCCCACCGAGCCGGCCAUGGCGUUGUCGAUGCCGCUAAACGGGCUGAAGGAAGAAGACAAAGAUCCCAUCAUUGAGCUCUUCGUCAAGGCUGGCAGCGAUGGCGAAAGCAUAGGAAACUGCCCCUUCUCCCAGAGGCUCUUCAUGAUUCUUUGGCUCAAAGGAGUUGUGUUUAGUGUCACAACUGUUGACCUGAAAAGGAAGCCUGUUGACCUGCAGAACUUGGCUCCCGGGACCCACCCUCCAUUUAUAACUUUCAACAAUGAAGUCAAAACGGAUGUAAAUAAGAUUGAAGAAUUUCUUGAAGAAGUCUUAUGCCCCCCCAAGUACUUAAAGCUGUCCCCAAAACACCCAGAAUCAAAUACUGCUGGGAUGGACAUCUUUGCCAAAUUCUCUGCAUAUAUUAAGAAUUCAAGGCCAGAGGCUAAUGAAGCACUGGAGAGAGGUCUCCUGAAAACCCUGCAGAAACUGGAUGACUACCUGAAUUCUCCCCUCCCCGACGAGAUCGAUGAGAAUAGUAUGGAGGACAUUAAGUUUUCCACACGGAAAUUUCUGGAUGGCAACGAAAUGACACUGGCUGAUUGCAACCUGUUGCCCAAAUUGCACAUUGUCAAGGUGGUGGCCAAAAAGUACCGCAACUUCGAUAUUCCGAAAAGGAUGGCCGGCAUCUGGAGAUACUUAACUAACGCCUACAGCAGGGACGAGUUCACCAACACCUGCCCCAGCGAUAAGGAGGUGGAGAUCGCGUACAGUGACGUGGCCAAAAGACUGACCAAGUAAAAGAGCACUUCCGAGAGAGAUGCCUUCACAGCCCAUCCUGACUACGAAUAUGCUUUUCCUAACAGACUGAUGCUCUUCCUAUAAAGUAGAAAUCUUGUUUUGCAUGAACAUGGCAGUUACUCAAGAUUAGGAUAAAGGAUAGAUGAGGUAUAUAGUAGCUAUCUUUAAGCAUACACUCCUAAGCAGUAUUAUUUUAAAAUUUUCUGCCCUGCCUACCUCCCCUGCCCCGUAUCCUCCUCUCUUCUAAUUGGAGCCCCUUCACCACAAACUUUCUACUUCAGAGGUGGUUCGCUGCCUCCUCGAGCCCCCCCCGCCG